AUAGAGAUAAAGUAGAGCAGACACUGAACUAUGUUCUUUCAGUUCCACCCUGCUAACUUCCUAUAAAGUAGGCUGGGACAGCACAUCACUAGAAAGGAAGCCGUGUUCCCAUUGUACGGUGGAGUACUCAGAGCCAGGAUGGGUCCAGCGUCCAUGUGGUUUGCAGGUGUAGUUGCGCUGCUAGUUCCACAAUGCGCUUCUACCUUUAAAUUGGUUUGUUACUUUACCAGUUGGUCCCAGUACCGGGAAACUUCAGGACGUUUUAUCCCUGAUGAAAUCGACCCACAUCUCUGCACCCACAUCAUUUAUGCCUUUGCUAACAUAGAAAACAAUCGGAUUGUCCGCUAUGAAUGGAAUGAUGACACAACGUAUACGGCCAUCAAUGAACUUAAAACCAGAAAUCCCAGCUUGAAGACCCUUAUCUCUCUUGGUGGACAAAACAUGCGCCCUGAACUCUUUGGAAAUGUAACUGCCUCUCCUGCCAGACGCUCAGAAUUCGUGACAUCAGUGGUGCAGUUUCUUAAGACCCAUGGUUUUGAUGGUUUUGACCUUGCUUGGCAUACCACAGAAUCAAAUUCUAAAAGACGGUUGUCUGACCUGGUUCAGGAUCUGUCUAUAGCAUUCGAGAGGGAAACUCGAAAGAAUCCAGGGUCAGAAAAACUCAUAUUGAGUGUUGCAGUACCAGCAGGAAAGGAAACCAUCAAUAAAGCCUACGAUAUCAAGAAAAUCUCAAGGUUUGCAGACUUCCUUAAUUUCAUGACCUUUGAUUUUCACGGGUACUGGGAUGAUCACAGUCAUAAAUACACAGGCCAUGGAAGCCCCCUUUACAAGAGCAAGGUGGACAGUGGAGUUGCAUCCUCUUAUAAUGUUGACGAAGCUGUUAAAUUUUUAAAGAGGAAAGGUGCCCCAGCUGAGAAAAUCAUCAUGGGAAUUCCCACCUAUGGGCAGACUUUCACUCUUUCUUCCAUUCUGACUGGGCUUGGGGCCUCCGCCUCUGGUCCUGGAACUGCUGCCGAAUUCACAAAACUGCCAGGCAUAAUGGCCUAUUAUGAGAUCUGUAAUUUUAAUCAUGGUGCCACAGUGGAACGGAUUGAGGAACAAGCCGUCCCCUAUUCCCAUAAAGGAAACCAGUGGGUGGGAUAUGAAGACAAGACAAGUGUUCAGACCAAGGUUCAAUAUAUGAAGAAUAACCACUUGGGAGGUGUUAUGAUUUGGACAAUUGAACUCGACGAUUUUUCAGGGUUUUUCUGCAAAGAUGGAAAAUAUCCACUACUUAGCGCUGUUAAACAAGAGCUGGAUAAGCAAGAACCCAGUUUUGCAAUUGAGUUACCUUAGUAUCAGGAGACUCUUGAAGGCAUAAUGAAGCUUAUGCUUUUCUUCUAGGGAUGAAUAAACUGCAUUACCAAUUUACAUGAGGGUAAUCUAGCAAAGUUUACUUGUUUCUUAACUGCAUGCUAAAAAGCUACAGUACAAACACCCAUGGGUAGCUUUGUAUCAUUCCAUGAUUAAUGCAGUUCCACCCCUAUUCAUUCCGUUACUAUGGACAAAGACAUCACUUCCACCCAUCCCUCUAUGUAUUACUGCAGGCUCUUUGUCACUUAUUUCCUGGUCCCUUGAUUAUGGUAGUAGAUGGUUAAUUCUGUUUUCACUGUCUUAAAAACUAACAUGCACUGUUAAUGUUGUUGUAUGCAUUCAUUUUUAAAUAUAUACAUGAUGUUUUCAAUAAAAC